AUGGCAAUCUUCUCAACCAAAAACGCUAGUGCUGUAGAUCUCCGCUGGUUGGUUUCGUGGUUCAAGAGAUUCACUGUUUCUGUGGGUGAUGACGUGCCAGUGCGAGUGCGACGUAAAGAAACGAAAGAAGGAGAGAUCAAGAUGUACUACAGUAACGCAGAGUACCCACUUUUGCCGGCGUAUUUUACGUGGGACCAAUUGUACACUGUAAUGCACAACUACGUGGAGGAGAUAGCACUACGAAGUGGAGCUACAGCAGCAGAGACCGAGGCUUUUGGUGAGCAUACGACAGCGGCACGACGUAUGCGGGAAGAAUACAAUGUGAGCAACACACCGUCGCAGUCGUACUUCCUUUUGCUUCGGAACGUGAACAUGUUUGGCGUAUUCUACGCAAACAAGAACAUCCAGUAUAGCGACGUCCAGAUCGUCGUUCCUGCGGGGUUCCAGAAGCUCACCUUUUACGCCGAUAACUGUGGCGGACAGACCAAGAACAAUUUUGUCGUGCGGAUGCUUCUGGCACUGGCACAUACGUCGCUUUUGGAUGAAAUCAAUCUCAAGUUCUUUGUCGAAGGCCAUACAAAGAAUGCUGUGGAUCGAGGGUUUGGUCACGUGCAAAGGCAAAUUGCUCGAGCUGAUGCGUGGACAAUGAACCAGCUUCUCGGUGUUGUGAAAGAAGCAUCUUCGUCGUCUGCUCUUGUGCACAUUCCAAACCAAAACCCAAUUUUCAAAGUGUACCGCGACGCAAUGGAGGAAGCAUACAAGAAGCUGAAAGACAUUCAAAAGUACCAAAUCUUUACGAUGCGAGAGAUCAAUCCUGGUGUUGUGCCAUAA